AUGAGGUUAAAUGGGGUCCGAGGAGUUGCGAAUGUAGUGUCCUAUAUGCAUGAUGACUAUUCUUAUCCGUUAAUUCAUCGGGACUUGAUCAGCAACAAUGUUCUAUUAAAUGGUGACUACGAGGCUCAUGUUUCCGAUUUUGGCACCGCCAUAUUGGGAACAAAGGGUAGUGACGGUAUCCUUGUGUUGAAGGGUGUUUUUUGGCCACUCUUCGCGUUUCGCCGCCAACGCAUAUCCCCAGACCAGAUCGUUGAAACAGCUUUCACCCUGGCUAACCUCCAGAUCAAUACUCAACAGCAGGAAUCGACAACUCGAUCCGCUUGGCUAAACCCUAAUCGGACAUGGCUUCCACCGCAGCAAGGCAUGGUGAAGAUUAAUGUGGACGGAGCUUUCCCCACAGCAAAUCAAAUGGGCGCCAUAGCAAGCAUUGCUCGCGAUCACACGGGCAGCUUGAUCGGAGGAGUCACCCGCACUGUCUCAGCAUCCUCUGCUCUCGAGAUGGAGAUCCAAGCUUUAUUAUACACUCUAAAGGAUCUGUUACAGCAACAUCUAACAGAAUCUCACUUGGUGUUGGAGUCCGGCAGCAUCAUUCUUGUGGAAACCCUCAAUCGGUGCCGUCUGCCGCCGUGGGAGUGCCAAGCCCUCUUUGCCGAAAGUGCAGAACUCCUACAAAGCUUCCACAACCUCAACGUGAAGCACUGCUGUCGGGAAGCAAAUGCCCUAGUCGACUAG